AUGUGCGACGAUGAUCUCACUAAUGCGCGACUGACGUGGAACUGCAGAGGUGUGCUCUUCUUCGGAGAGGCUUUGCUACAACUGCAAGCAGCCCGGCCACGAGUCCAACGGAUGCCCCCACCCCCGCACCACCGAGAGUACGUCAUGCAUCGAGACCGCAGCCCUCAGGCAUCACUGACCCUCUCGAUAGCCAAGCAGUGCUACCACUGCCAGGGCCUCGGUCACGUCCAGGCUGACUGCCCUACCCUGCGUCUGAGCGGCGCUGGCACCAGCGGACGCUGCUACAGCUGCGGUCUUACCGGCCAUCUUGCCCGCAACUGCCCCAACCCAGGAAUGGGCCGCGGAGCUGGGGGUCCUCCUCGUGGCGGCUACGGAGGCUUCCGUGGUGGCUUCGCUGGCGGUGCUCGCCCUGCGACAUGCUACAAGUGCGGUGGCCCCAACCACUUUGCCCGCGAUUGCCAGGCUCAGGCCAUGAAAUGCUACGCCUGUGGCAAGCUUGGCCACAUCUCUCGCGACUGCACGGCUCCCAACGGCGGUCCUCUCAACACCGCCGGCAAGACUUGCUACCGUUGCGGCGAGACCGGUCACAUCUCCCGCGACUGCACUCAGGCUGAGGUCAAUGGUGACGGUGGUGCCCCGGUCCCCGCUGCGGCCACUGCCCCCGCCCAGCCUGUUGUUCCCACCACCGCGGUCGCAUAA